AUGGACAGUGAUGCCCUUAAUACAUUUUUUGGCAAAAUAACAGAUCUUAUUCCUAACAACAUAAAACAGGAACUGCAAACAUAUAGUCCACCUAUAACCUCUUUUCACUCUUUGACUGAGAAAGGUUCUUCUUUAGGAGAUAACACUCAAUGUUUGGACAGUUUUACGUCAGUUGUUCAGACUUUGCAAACAAAUGCUGAGGAAAACAGGACUGAGGACAAUGUAAACAAAUCAAAGAUUCAGAUUCAUGAGAUGGAUUCUGCUCCAGAAAAAGAGAAGCUGGAGUUGGAUCUAAAUGUUUCACACCAGAGAGAUAAACCGUCAGGAACAAGCCGCUCCGACCAGGACGUAACAGAUGGUCUAGCUGACGCCCUGUCUAAAUCACUUAGCGAUAUCUCAGCCAGUGACUGCGUUAUCAAUCUGGACAAACAACUUGAGGAUUCAGCAAAUACAAUAGAUACUGAAAAAGUUGUUUUUAGUGAGUGCAUAGAGGGAUCUGUCAAUAUGAGAGAUCAAGCAAGCAAUGGUAAGGAUAUUUGCAUAUUCAGUCAAGAUGUAUUUGAAAAUAAUGGACAUGGGUCGGAUAGCAUCAGCAGUGAGUGUGGUACUGUUCAAAAUGACAAUCAAGAUCGCCACAUACCCAACAGUAACCGCACAGAAGAACUGAUUGUAUUCUGUAAAGAAAUAAAUGUUUUGAAAGAGAGCUGCGAUGAAGAAACGUUGAUGUGCAGAUCUUCUCAAGAUGAUCUCACAGAGACUCAAAAUAUGAAAAAUUGCAUUUCAAGUGAGCAGGAAGCAUCUGAUCUUGUGAGCCAGAUGGAUGGAGAUCUUCAAAAUACAGCAGAUGCUACUUCUGAUAUUAACCAACACACAACUCUAGAUUCAUUAAAUACAAAUUCAGAUGAUCAGAGCAAAUCAAUAAAUUGUAAUGAUUGUAAUCUCACAGAUCAAAAGGAUCUUUCUUCAAAAACGCCUGUAAACAGCACGACCCAACUAUGUGUUAAACCUUUUUGUGAAAAAUCGUGUAUUGGUACUGAAAAGAUUCAACAGAGGGAUGAUACUGCCGAAGGCCUCUUUUCUCAAGCUUCAUGCAAUGAAAGCAAUGCUGAAUUAGACAGCAACUUUGUCCAUUCCCCUACCACAAGCAAUAAGAUUGGGGUCCAGAUUGGACGUCCUGAGGUCAGUGUUGGCCUUUGUGAUACUAAAGCACAAGCUACCGAUUUAUCCAAACUAGGUAAUUCUAUCACAGCCCCACUUGAACCAGAACCAGGACUUGUCCAGAAAAUAGAAAUCCAGGAAGAUUCCCAAGGCAAGAGACAGAGAGAACAGGACUUAGAUGGUCCACAGGAGGAAAUGAAAAUAGAGAUAAAGACGCUGGAUGGAGCAGAUACAGAUGUGCAGGGAGAAGAAGAAUCGAUUGAGAAAAUAAAAGAAAGAGAAAUGAUUCAAGAAGAGACAAUGUUAGAACCUGUAGAUGCAUCCCCUGUGUUGGAUUCAUCUUCUCCUGAAAAGACCACAGACCCUUCGCUGCCAUUUGGGUCCGACCAAACUGUCAUGUCCCCCACCACAGUAAAAGAGUUACAAAUCCAUUUGUCCUUGCUUUUCACUGGGAUGCUUGGCACCAAGAAAGAAGCAAACGAAGAACAAGAAACUCCAGACCAACCCCAAAGCCCAUAUCAGUCUACCAAGAAAGAUUCAAAGGGGGACUUUCUCGAGCAGAUUACCCAAUUCUUUAACAGCGGCAAAGGAGAGGGAAAGAAAAAGAAGGAGAGCCUGACCAGUCCUCCACUGUCUCCUAUCAGCCAGGAGCCUGGAGAAAAAAACGUAGAAGAAACUGUGAUUUCCCAAUCUGAGGAAACUAUCAAAUCUCCGAAUACAGAGACGACUUUAGAUGCCUUCAAAGCAUUCUUUACAGUUAAAAAAGAGAACUCAUCUCGCAUGGAUGGGGAUGCCGGAAAAAAGAAGAUCAAUAGGGAUAAAGAGGCUCUCAAAGCUUUCUUUGACAGGAACACGAUUAAGUCACCAGGCACCAAACGAUCUUCUGAGUCCAAUUCUGAGGUGAGUGGGGAACGCACACCAAGGCGACUUCAGACCAUCUGGCCUCCACCCAAACCCAAAGACAAGGAGGAAAAGAUCGGCCUGAAAUACACAGAAGCUGAGCAUCAGGCAGCUCUUCUGCAGCAGAAAAGAGAAUUUGAUGAGGAGAAGGAGAAGAUAGAGGAUGAUCACAAACAUCAGCUCUUCCGGACUCAUAAGGAACAUGAAGCAGUUCUGUCCAAACUAGAAGCAACCAUUGCAAGCUUACAACGGGAGAUAAUCAAAAAUCAUCACAAGGAUCUCAGAGAUGUUGCCGUGUCCACUGAAGACCACAUCAGACCGCGGGUCUUUCACUCUGUAUGCGUUCAGACAGACAGAGAGACGUUUAUCAAGUCUGAUGAAGUCAAAGGGGCCCAGAGCCGAAGCCUUGAUCUCCAAAAUAAUGCGUUGAAAAAUGCAGACCUUAAUUCAACAAAAAACUUUAACUUCACUGACAAACAGAAGACAGUUUCUCCUCCAGCUCCUCUUCCUGCAUCGCCUAAGGUACAAUUAAGUGGUAACACGAUUCCUCCUUUACCUCCUCCACCUGGCCCCUCUGCUCCCAAAUCAUCUUCACUUCUUGCUAAGCCAUCACAUGUUCCAGGAAGUGUACCUCCACCUCCUCCACCUCCUCUUUCUGCCUUGCCUCAGGUACAACUAAGUGGUAACACGAUUCCUUCAUCACCUCCUACACCUGGCCCCUCUGCUCCCAAUUCAUCUUCACUUCUUGCUAAGCCAUCACAUGUUCCAGGAAGUGUACCUCCACCUCCUCCACCUCCUCUUUCUGCCUUGCCUCAGGUACAACUAAGUGGUAACACGAUUCCUCCUACACCUGGCCCCUCUGCUCCCAAUUCAUCUUCACUUCUUGCUAAGUCGUCGCAUGUUCCAGGAAGUGUACCUCCACCUCCUCCACCACCUCCACCCAUGACAGGAUGUGGUCCCCCACCACCACCACCACCACCUCCAGUUUUCCAUUCAAUCCCCCCACCUCCUUCAGGCUCUGGUGUGUUCCUCGAUGAAGUGUCAGACAAUUCUCUUCGCAAACAGUCAGUGGAGCCGGUCUGUCCGAUGAAACCGCUGUACUGGACACGCAUACAAGUUGAAGAUAACAGAAAUGAUAUGCUGUGGAGCGCACUCGUGGAGCCAGAGAUAAUAAACACUAAUGAGUUUGCGGAGCUGUUCGCUAAAGCCACGUCGCCCACCAAAAGAAAACCUCUCUUAGAAGCCUACGAGAGGAAAAACAAAGCUAGGAAGGUUAUUAAGUUACUGGAUGGUAAGCGCUCUCAAGCAGUGGGCAUCUUAAUCUCAAGUCUCCACCUGGAGAUGAAGGACAUCCAGCAAGCUGUUUUAACUUUGGACAAUGCAGUGGUUGACCUGGAUGCCAUUGAAGCUAUGUAUGAAAACAGAGCUCAGCCUGAAGAGUUGGAGAAGAUUAAGAAACACUACGAAAGCUCAGAUGAGGAGCAAGUCAAACUACUGGACAAACCUGAACAGUUCCUUUAUGAACUUUCCCAAAUUCCUGAAUUCUCCAGUCGUGUUCACUGUUUCAUUUUCCAGUCGAAGUUUACAGACGCCGUUGCCUCCAUACAGCGCAAAGCUGAGAUUAUUCUGCGCGUCUCCAAGCAUCUGUUGGAGGAGGACGGUGUGAGGGAGAUUAUGGGGCUGAUUCUUGCUCUUGGAAACUACAUGAACGGAGGUAGCAGAGUUCGAGGUCAGGCGGAUGGCUUUGGGCUUGAGAUUCUUCCCAAGCUUAAAGAUGUAAAGAGCAGGGAUAAUCAAAUUAGUCUGUUGGACUACAUUGUUUCCUACUAUCUGCGCAACUUUGAUGAGAACGCUGGGACAGAAAACAGCAUCUUUCCUUUGCCUGAACCUCAAGAUGUGUUUCUGGCCUCUCAAGUGAAGUUUGAAGACCUCUCCAAGGAUUUAAGAAAGUUAAGCAGGGACUUGGCAGUUUGUGAGAAAGAAUUCCUAUCUGUGUGUACCAAUUCAUCCCAAGAGCACAUGCAUCCCUUCAAGGAGAAAAUGGAUGGUUUUAUUUCUAAUGCACAAAAUGAAGUAAUUGCAAUGGAAAACCAAGUGACAUCAGCACGUAAAAGCUUCUGUUACCUGGCUGAGUACUUUGGUCUAAAGCCACGUUCUGGUGAGAAAGAGGUUGUGCCUGGCAGUAUUUUUACACUUUGGUUUGAAUUCUGUAAUGAUUUCAAGAUCAGAUGGGAGAGAGACAACAAGACAAUAUCAAAACAGAGGCUCAAAGAGGCCCAACAGUCUGUGCGUAACAUCACAGCAGAGAAGAAGAUUGAGACCAGAAGCGCCAAUGCAAACGGACUGAAAAAGAAACUGCUUCUGAAAGAAGCGAGUCUGACCAGGAGCUAACACUCAAAAGGGUUUUCAAAAAGGGCCAGAUACAUUUAUAUCUGAAACGUCCAACCUGCUCUGUCGCAUCAUUUGGUAGGAAUGACACCUGCUUGUGCAAAACUUUCCCUCCAGACUGUAUUGGGGUCCUGUGUCAUUUAUAAACAAAAUAGUGUUUUAUUGUGGUUAAUAAUGAAUUAAACUGAUGUUGUUUAAAAUUACAAACAUGACUUUUAAAAUAAAAUAAUAUCCAAAAGUAAACUCAAACUGGGAUCUAUACCAGUCUACACAAUAAAAAAAACAAUAAUCAUUCGUCUUUACAAAAGUAAUAACUUUAUUUUUCAUAUUGAGUAAAAAAGUUGUGUAUCUUGUGUGGCAACAUUAAAGAAUAUACAAAACAUAAAAAGUCAAGUUCCAAUGGUAACCCAGAUGUACAAUAAUAAAACAUCACAUUUAGUUUUAUCUUAAUAAACAUCACAUUUUUAUUGAUUAUAGAUAUGUUGCUUCUUCACAAGUCAUUUAUUUCACAACAAUGUUUUUUUCUGUUUCUGUUUGCAACAUAAAACUAAACAUAAAUGUUUUA